UGUCCACAAAACCACUCUGAUAAUCGCCAUGGAUAUUGAAACAAAACCAAAAUGACUGAUCAAUAAAUCAAUGAAUCCCGACUAGAGAUUGAGGAGGAACUCCUAAUAAAUGAAUAAAUAGAUGCAAAUAAGGUGCGUUCAAACAUGGAAUCUCGUAGCCACACUCCGACGCUGCUGCAGAAGCGCUGCACAUAUCCACCAAGUCCACGCCCAGGCCAUCGCCCGCGGCCUCUUCUUCCUUCACCCCUCCUCUCUCCUCCUCUCCCAAAUCCUCCACUCCCUCGCCAAUAUCAUCAUCCUUCAAAAUCAUGUCUCCCAAUCCCAAUACCUGACCGACAUUUUCAACCUCAUUCCCAACCCUUCCGCUUUCGAUCACAAUUCCCUCAUCCGCGCCCACACCCUCCUCCAAUCCCCCCACGCCGCCCUCCUCUGUUUCACCCAAAUGCGCCGGAAAUCAGUCCCCCCUGAUUCCCACACCUUCCCCUUUGUUCUCAAAGCCUGCGGCCUGUUGCACAACGCCUCGCCUCUGCUCGCGGGGAAUCUCCACUCGGAAUUGAUCAGGUUUGGGUUUAGAGCUGAUGUGUUUGUGUGCAACGCGCUGGCCAGUGCCUACUCUAAAUCCGGUGACCUUCAUCUUGCCAGAAAGGUGUUCGACGAAAGUCCGCAUAGAGAUGUUGUGAGUUACAAUGUUAUGAUUGAUGGGUUAGUUAAGGUCGGUGCAGUUGAUGAUGCCAGGAAGCUGUUCGACGAAAUGCCUCAAAGAGAUGCAGUUUCUUGGGGCACUCUUUUGGCAGGGUAUGCAAAGUUGGAUUAUAAAUGCAAUGAGGCCAUCGAGUUAUUCGAUCGAAUGAUUGAUUCGGCGGUGAAGUUCGACAACGUGGCAAUUGUUUCGGCGCUUUCGGCCUGCGCUCGUCUUGGGGAGCUGACAAAAGGCCGGAAAAUACACGAUCGCCUUUGUCAAAACAAUGUUAAACUAGACGCGUACUUAGGUACCGCGGUGGUCGACAUGUACGCCAAAUGCGGAUGCAUCGAGACAGCGAAGGACGUCUUCCAUUCAUGCGACGAUAAGAACGUGUCGUUGUGGAACGCAAUGCUCGUCGGAUUAGCCGCACACGGCGACGGGGCAUUGUUGCACGAAUACUUUUCAAGAAUGGUGGAGGACGGGACCAAGCCAGAUGGGGUGACAAUUCUUGGCGUUUUAUCGGGGUCAAGUCAUUCCGGGCUCAUCAACGAGGCGAAGAAAAUAUUCGCGGAUAUGGAGACUCUUUACGGCGUUCAACGAGAACUAAAGCACUACGGCUGCAUGGCCGAUCUCCUCGGUCGCGCUGGGUUGAUCGGAGAAGCGGUGGAGAUGAUAGAGGCGAUGCCGAUGGGAGGGGACGUGUUCGUGUGGGGAGGGUUGCUCGGAGGGUGCAAAAUACACGGAAAUCUUGAUAUUGCCGAGGAGGCGGCAAGGCGCGUGAUGGAAGUGAGGCCGGAAGACGGCGGCGUGUACUCGGUGUUGGCGCACAUGUAUGCAAAUUCGCAGAGAUGGGAUGACCUGGUGAGGGUGAGGAGAUUGAGGGAUUGCAGAUGGGGAAUCAAGAAGAUGGCUGGAUGUAGUUUGAUUGAAUUGGAUGGGACAACACAUGAAUUUGUUUCUGGGGAUUGUUUGCAUCCUUGCACUCAAGAUAUACACUCUGUGUUGAAUGGGUUAGAACUACAAUUCGAAUCGAUACAAUACUAAUUGUUCUAAUCUGUAUGAAAAUACUAUAAAUAAUGGCUAAAUUACACCAAAUCCACGGGUCGUUUUACUAAACUGUGUCAAAUUUUCCGCACUUCUAAAAGUACGUCAAUCUGUAUGGUUUUAUAAACUUUGUGUCUAACCGCUGCAGCGGUUCUUAUUUAAAAAUAUUAGAUUUAUGCGUGCUCAAACUGCGAAUAAAUUUCAAAAUUUCAAUUUAUAAACCUCCGUUAUAAAUUGAGAUUCUAAAAUUCGUUUACAAUUUGAGCGCAUUUAGAUCAUAUGCCGCUAAAUAAUGUCUGCCGAUGGAAUUAGACGCAAAAUUUAUGAAACUAUGAGAGA